GCAUCCAACCUUUCCGAUUUCCUUUUUCAUACGACAAACCUUUCUCUGUAGGCAGUACACACAAAGACCCUUCUCCACAAAAAAACAAAACUAAAAGAGUUUGUCCUGCCUCAUUCCUCUCAUUCGUUACAACUCAUCACCAUGACCACAUCCUCGGAGCUGAAGCACGUCGAAGCUGACAUCGACCAAGACGACCAGGUGCCUGUUCAGGACGAAUGGGGCCCCACGAUAUCCCACACCAAGGCCCCCUUUGAGAUUGGCGAUGUCUUUUUCUACUCUGUCCUAAUCGGACUCUUCUUUGGUGGACUGCACCUUUACGGCGAGCGAUUCUGGUCACACAUCCUGGCCACCUACCCAAAGCCUGUGAUUGUCCUCGGCGGUUCGUUUAUUGUUUCGGAAGUCGGCUUCUGGUUCUGGGUUUCACUGCUGGCCAUCCUAGACCUGUAUCAAUUCCCAAAAUCAUUUUGGAGAUAUAAGAUCCAGCCCCUCAAGGUCCCGACAUGGGAGUGGUACAAAAAAGCACUCUGGGUGGUCCUACAGAACCAGUUCCUCGUUGGUGUGCCGACAGGUCUGCUGUUGUACAAAUUGAUGGAAUGGCGAGGCAAUCCGAUUGGGAUGGAGUUGCCGACCGUGUGGGACCUGGCCAAGGAAUCGAUCGGGUUCUUGGUGAUUGAGGAGAUUGGGUUCUAUUAUGGGCAUCGAUUGUUGCACCAUCCACGAUUGUACAAGAGGAUUCACAAGCAGCAUCAUCUAUAUACUGCACCCAUUGGCAUUGCUGCAAUUUACUGCCAUCCUCUCGAGCAUUUUAUGUGCAAUCUGUCACCUCUUCUCUUAGGGCCGGUGGUAAUGAAGUCGCACAUCUUGACCUUGUGGUUGUGGAUCACGAUCGGCCAAACCAAUGCGAUCAAUUCCCAUUGUGGGUUCCACCUACCAUUGUUCCCCUCACCACUGGCACACGACUACCAUCACGAGGUGUUCAACAAGAACUAUGGACCUGUGGGCGUUCUGGACUGGUGGCACGGCACAGGAGGAAGUCGGGAGAUGACGCUAGAGAAAAAGAGGCAGCGUGAGGCGGCGCAGGCCAAGGCUAAAGCAGAGCAGCUGGCCAAGCAGACAAAGCUGGAAUAGUCAUCGGAUGUCCUCUCGACCAUUGCUAGGAAUAGGUCGUAUUAUAUUUAAAGAUCGAAGGGGAUGUUUAUCAUU